ACGUAGAAAAUGGCUGGCAUGGAAUUCGAAUACGAUGAGAGAGGGGGGACUUUUUACUAUUUCCUCCUCUCAUUUUAUGCUUUAGUCCUGAUCCCUUGUACAUACUAUUUAUGGCCAUACGAAGAAGCUAAAGAGGAUCCAGAGAAAACCAAGAAACAGUGUAGAUGCGAAGGGUGUCUAUUAAAGAAUCAGAGACUAAAAGAGGGCAAACCAUGGCAAAAAUUUAAAAAGAGGGCAUUAAAAGUAGCAUUUAUCAUUGGGUGGAUAGGGUUUGCACUACUGCUGUAUAGAGUGUCUCAGGUGGAAUUAGACUUCACAGAGUUUGACCCUUAUGCUGAGUUAGGCAUUGACAGGGGUGCUACAACUAGAGAGGUGAAGAAAGCUUACAGACAGCUCAGUGUAAAGUACCAUCCAGAUAAAGAAGGUGGAGACCAGAAGAAGUUUAUGAGAAUUGCCAAGGCUCAUGCAGCAUUAACAGAUGAUGAGGCGAGAAAGAACUGGGAGGAAUAUGGCAAUCCUGAUGGUCCAGGGGCCACCCAUUUUGGUAUUGCCUUGCCGAAGUGGAUUGUGGAGAAGCAGAAUUCAGUGUGGGUCCUUGCAGCCUAUGGUUUGGUCUUCAUGAUCAUCCUUCCUCUGGUUGUGGGUACAUGGUGGUACAGGUCUAUUAAGUUCAGUGGAGAUGCAGUCCUGUUAGACACUACUCAACUCUAUUACUGCUUCCUACACAAAACUCCUAACAUGAUACUCAAAAGGGCUGUCAUGAUAUUGGCGGGUUCACUGGAGUUCAGCAGGAGUCACAACCAGGAAGUACAGGAACGGCCCAGUGACAAUGAAGAAAUACCUUUGCUUAUGAAAGAUCUACCCAACUUGAAUGAGAAAAAUAAAGAAAGACCCCUGUGUUUCCCAUACAGUGUUAAAGCCAGAGCACUGUUGUACGCACAUUUCUCUCGCAUUGAGUUACCCCCCAAAACACUAGAAUUAGACAGACAAUAUAUGCUAAAGAAGUGUCCUUAUCUUAUAAAUGAGAUGGUGAAUAUAUUGGCUCAACUUGUUGCCCUAGCACACGCUGGCAGAGUUGCCCAUGAGCCACGUCUUGAUACUGUGGAGAAUUGCAUGCGAAUGAGUAAAAUGGUCAUCCAGGCAUUAUGGGAUACAAAAAGUCCAUUGUUACAAUUACCGCAUAUUUCUGAAGAUAUGCUCCGCCAUUUUGUAACAAAAAGGCGAAAUAUUCGAGGUAUUAAAGAUUUUGUAUGUAUGAAGGAGGAGGAUAGAAGAUCUCUACUACGCAGUAUAUCAGAUGAAGAAUAUAAAGAUAUAAUGAAUGUGUGUACAUCUAUGCCACAUAUCACCAUGAAAGUCCACACAUCAGUAUUGGAUGAUGAGGAUUCCAGUAUAACUGCAGGGUCAAUAGUGACAGUGAAUGUCAGUCUGACACGUGAACCAUUACAGGUUCUGCUUGGGGAUGAUGUUGACAAGGACAGCGGUGUUGCACUGCUUAAUGAGGAGGAGAAUGGUGAAGGGGAUAAUGAGGGAGAAGAAGAGGAAAAUGAAAAUGAAGAAACUACAAAAAUGGAAGUGCAAACUAUAAAGCCAAAAAUUUGGGAAAAACAGAAGAAGAAAAAGGGUGGUAAAAAGGCAGGCAAGAAAAAGCCUAUUCCCUUUAAACAACAAGUCAUCCAGAGGAAGGUGACGGCCUCUCCAACUUCAGAUGCUGGGAAAACAGAGGAAAGCCAGAGUAAUGAAAGCACACCAAAUGGACGUGUGAAAAAGCCCAAGAAAGCGAAAGACAGCGAUGCUGAAGACUCCUGCAGUGACAUAUCUGAUGUCACAGAUAGUGACGUUGAUGAUAGGGAUCCUAAAUCAAAUGAAGAUGAUGAUGAUACAUGGGAAAAAUUCCAAGAAGAGGCCAAGAAAGAGAAUGUACUAGAGGCCAAGUCCAAAGAAACUCAUAGCGUCCACUGCCCAUACUUCCCUCUGGACAAGCAAGAAUGGUGGUGGGUUUAUGUAGCAGAUAGAAAACACCACCAACUCAUAACUGCUCCUGUUCAAGUGACCAGUCUCAAACACGAAGAAGAAAUCAGUCUUAAAUUCUCCGCCCCAACUAAGCCAGGAAACUACCAGUACACAGUUGUUCUACGCUCUGACUCAUUGUUUGAUUUUGACCAGUCUGAAAACAUUAAGAUGGAUGUUAAAGAAGCCAAGAAAGUCGAAAGCCAUCCACAAUGGGAAAUUUCAGAUGAUGAGGAGAAAGACGAAGAUGAUAAUUCAGAAUCAGAAUUGUCAUCAGACUAUGAUGAAUCAGACGAUGAUGAAUAAACUAAAUCAUCAUUUUUUGAAAUGUUCACAUCAUGAUUUUAUCAUGGAUAUCCGCAUUCUAAAAACUGGAGUUAUUCAAACACCUUAGGAGGCCUUGAUAUUACCUGCAAACUAUUUUGUACCUCAACUUAAAAAUGUUUGCAAUAAUUUGGGUUCUCGAAAUUCAUUAUCGACAGGUGUUGUGCCUCUUGGGACUCAAUAAACUCCUGAUAACCUCAAAAGCAUGCUUCCUUAUAUGGUAUAAAAAUUCAAAAAAUUCUUAAUUGGAACAUAACUUGUAGUGGUAUCCUUGUAGUUCAAGGUUAGCUUUAAUUUUGUUCCACUUUCAUGACUAGAUUCAAAGUUUCUCAUAAACCUGUAUUGCCAAAAUAUAUUAUGGUGUUAUUUGGAAAAAAUAAUUGCUUUAAUAGCAUUAUAAUUAGAGACCAUUUGUCAAAUAGCACAAAAGAUUUUCACAUCCACAAGUGUUCAACAGCACACAGAUUUGUAUCCUAAUUGGUCAGAAUUUCCUGACAAAGUGUGCUAGUAUGUCUAAGCUAUAAGUGAAUCUGCAAUUUAUUCAGUAUUUUUGUGUGUGUUUUUUUCAUAAAUAUGAAAUAUAGAAAUAUAGGGUUUAUUGGCAAAUUGCAUUCCAUCAGAUUUCUAUGUCUUGCAAUAGUCCUGGUUACAUCACAAAACUUAUUGUGGGGAUUUUAUGAAUAUAUUAUCAAAUUGUCAUUUAUUUUUGUGUUUAUCACAUUCUUGUGCAAAAAUAUUUUCUAGUGUUGUAAAUAAAUACAGAAUGAUGGGAUCUCCUAAUGUUUUAUAUUGUCUUUAUUUCAACAUUUCAAAGGGAACAAAACUACAUUUUUAUCAAUAUUUUUCUGUAGGCCUAAAAUACUGUAACAAUUGGCAUUUUGACACUACUUGUUAGUUUGGUGAAUAUGUCUUACAUUGGACCAAAUAUUGGUAAUGGAGAUGGAAAAUACUGAGGUGAAAUUCUCUUUUGGUUUCUUUUUUUGAUACGAAAUAGAUGUUGUUGUUGGGCAUUCAAUUCAAAAUAUUACCAAAAUGAAAUGUGUGUCAAAAUAUAGUUCCAGUACUAGUUUCAAUUUUUGACAUAGAGAGGACCAAUUUAUUCAGAAAUAGUCUCCACUUAUAUAUGGCAUUAUCUAUAAUGACAUGUACAUACUUGAAUGUAUAAAGUGAUAUUGUUGUCAUACAUUUCUCAGUUUGUUACUGCGAUUGGAAAUGACGCAAAUGGUAAUUAUUGUAAACAUUGUUAAUUUGGCGACUAUUUUUUACAUUUGGUGAUUUUGGCAAAUUGAACACUCAAACGUCUAAGUUAACAAUGUUUAUAGUAUUAUAAAUGUACAUGUAUGUUAUGUGUUUUUAUAAAGAAAUGGUACUUCCCUUUCUACAAUUUUUAUCAAAUAUUAAUUAUCGCUCUUUGUCUGGUUUUGGAAAUAAAGUAAUUUAUACCACAUCAUUACAUAUUUCAUAAAAAGGGUUCAAAUAAUAGAAUAUGUUGAGUAUACCUAUAAGUUUCAUCCUUCCAUACUCAAACGACUAAUAGAAAUCAUCCUAAGACAUAAGUCCUGUUCAAAGUUGGGAGUUCAUUCGACUUAAUAUAUAUAGUUUAUGCAAAAUUGAUAACCUUAAUUAUAAACAACAGUUUGUGUAGUGCCAUCUAUAUCCUAUUCUAGAAAUUCCUGGUUGCAAUAAUCAUUUUUACAACACUUAAUUGUUUUGAGACACCAAUGGCUGAAUGGGCGAUUCACAGAUUGUCACAUAUAUUUGUAGUAAAGUAAUCUGUAUGAUUUGUAAUUUAAUUUAUCAAAAAUAAAAUUCACUAUGAGGCAUGUACAAAACUGUAAUUCUAGUUUUGUUAUAUCAAAUUUUUCAAUCGAUGUUGUGCACCUGUGAAUUA